GUGAUCAAAAUACUGUGUGUAACACCUCUCUAUUUUAUACACACUGUUGGAGAUAAAUGUUCAAACUGGAGCCACAGACCACGAGGAGACAAGAGUUGUAAUUUCUUUGCGUUUGUGUUUAAUACGUGUUAUCUCACUGUUCAGAUCCUUCUGGUGCACAAGCUGGACGGCCACAACAGCCUGAGCUACGUGUGUGUGUUCGUGCCUCUGUGGCUCUCGCUGCUCACACUCAUGGCCACCACCUUUGGUCAGAAGGGAGGAAACCACUGGUGGUUCGGCAUCCGUAAGGACUUCUGCCACUUCCUGUUGGAGCUCCUCCCCUUCCUGCGUGAGUACGGCAACGUGUCCUACGACCUGCAGCGCAGCGAGGACCCCGAGGCGGCGGAGGACCUGCCCGUCCCCGAGCCGCCGCCCAAAAUCGCUCCCAUGUUCCACAAAAAGACGGGCGUGGUGAUCACUCAGAGCCCCGGGAAGUACUUUGUCCCGCCGCCUAAACUCUGCAUCGACAUGCCCGACUAAACUCAUUUAAGCGAAGACUUCUGGACUCAUGGAGCGAGGACAUUUACCUGAAGAUGCUCCUUUACCUAAACUCUUUUCCAGAGCAACACAUCGGAGCCUAAAUGGGGAAAAUGUGGAUCCAGAAUCUUCUUAUAUUUUGACGUUAAGACCACCCUGCUUAAAUCUGUUGAGGAUAUGGACCCUAAAGGAAGUCUUCAGAUUCUCUGGGAUUUAAACUUUUACUCAUGAGAGAUGACGGAUCGACGUGGAUUAGCUUAUUUGACUUUUUUAGCGAAUCGAAAGCAAAGAUGGCGCUUGUCUUGCUUCGUGAUGGGGACCAUUGGAGAGCUUGAAUUGGGGGUCUCUUUUCACCCGAAAAAAGAGGGAAGUGGAGUUAAAAAAGUAUGUUUUCCAGGUCUGUUUUAGUUCAAUACUUCCACACACACGUAUACAAAUUAAGAAUUAUUCGUCUUUAAAUCAUUCUGUGUGACUAUUGUCUUAAAACACACCUGAAAAAAAAAACCUCCUUUUAGAUGAGAAUGAUAGAAAUGGCACUUUGUUAGUCAACAUGAGUCCUGUCUGAACCGACAUUUCUUUUGUAUUCCUGUUUAUUUUUGUUGUUGUAAAUAACAAACGAUGUCACGUUAGGGACCAGAGUGGAGAUGGCAGGGUUGAAGACUAGAAAAAAAUUGCGAACAAUCACCCCCCCCUUUAUUCUUAUUCAACUUGUAAGAGUCAACAGAAUAAAUAAAUACCUUAAAAUAA